AUGACCCUGGUUCUGUCCAUGAACCCAUUCUGUGAGCACGAGGCUGAAGGCCCGCCACCGCUCUAUCGGCCCAUCUGGGACUCCGAGCGUUGCAGCAAGACCUGUGUGUCCGCCCCUGAACCACCAGGGCACACCACGGAGGAGCUGGCCGAGGAACCCAACUGUAGACGACCACCAGAUCAUGUGUCCAUGUCACGCAUCGCAUACUUUAAGAGGAAGUAUGUGGAGGAUGAGGAGCCAAACCUGAGCUUCAGAAGCUACUGUCAAACAGUGGCACCAGUGCUGGAGGAGCGUGCCCAUGUUCUGCGACUCUCCUUGGAGAAGAUGCGUUUUAUUGAUGACCCAGAGGCUUUCCUGCGCCGUUCUGUACUGAUCAACAACUUGCUGCGUCGGCUCCGCACCGAGAUCUUGCUACAGAGUGACUGGUGCUUCCCCCCUGGACCACCGGGACCUGCAUCCUGCAUCCCGCCUACCCCAACCCUCACUUCAGCCCCAUCCCAGGGCCCUCAGCUUCCCCCAGCUCUCCGGCCCUGUUUCACCACCCCAGGCCCCUACCGCAAGCGCCUCCGUCUGCUGAGGGCAGAAGGCCCUGAGUGCAUCCCUGCUUGCUGCUGCUUCUACGCAGCUGGCCGCUACCUCCACCUGCCUUUCUCGGUCUAUGAGGAGGCUGGCUCGCAGCCUUCAUCAUCAUCAUCAUCAUCGUCGUCGUCAUCAUCAUCGUCAUCAUCAUCAUCGUCGUCAUCAUCAUCAUCGUCAUUUUCCUUUCCCCAGCUGCUUCCUGUGGAAGACAGCGAAAGAGAGGAUGAGCUAGACACCAUCUGCCCCGGACUAGACCUAUCGGACGCUUCAGCUAGGUCACGGGAGGCUAGAGAGAGGCCCAGGACUCGAGAUAGAUGCAGGGACAUGGGAGAACAUGGACAUGGGGAGAAGGGGAGAGAAAAGGAGAGAGGAAAAGACAAGGGAAAAGGAGAAGCAACAGUUGGGGGUCACUCACGGUGGAUUGCUGACACCUUAGAAAUGGGACCCCAGGCACCUUUGGUGUGGGCCCAAGUGGGUCGUAAAUAG